AUGCAGGAAGCUUCAUUGGGCCGAUUGGGCCCAAGGACAACUAACCUGGGUCAGCGGCACCUUAAAGCCAUAUCCAGUCUUUCCUGGAGCGCUCAACCCUCCACUCCACCAUGCAUUCACCAUGGGGUUUACAAGGGGUAUGUAAGGGCCAUCCUGGAUUGGGGCGCUCAGCUCUUGAGGGACACGCCGGGAUCCCAUCUCGCUAGACUGGACUCGAUUCAGGUCUCGGCUCUCAGAACUUGUCUAGGAUGCAUUAAAACAGCACCUAAUAAUGUGACCUUUCACCUCGGUGGCCUCCCUCCAUUUCAAAUCAGAUGGCUCGAACUAACCACCAACUACAUCUAUAAAAUCCGCGCGAAUCAGGGCAACACGGUGAUCCCCAAGUUACAGUUGAUGGAGAUCCUAUUGGACCGUCGGCGGCGAAAUCCAGGUCCACCUGGAAGCCCUCAGAUACACGCCAAGCCACCAUGGUCCACAUAACCUAAAGGACUGCAUCUGCAAGACAAUACUCUCUCCACGCUCGCUGAUCUGCGCAUAGUUUUCUGAAAUCUCGUGAGGACUUCAGGAGCACUUAAGAAUAUAUUGACACAUCCUUCAGAAGGAAAAAGAAGAAGAAGAAGAUUUCGGGAAUGCUGUGAAUAUUAUGGCGUCAAAUGUUGACGAGUUUCUGAAAUAUCAACAAUAUGACGACAAUUCGUUUAUACGUUCGCGCCUGUCUGACAAAAUCAAUAGAAAGUAUUGAAAUUCGAGCACCCAGUCAUAUUCAUACAUUAAUUAAUGUUUAUCACGUAAGGUGUUUGGCCAUUUAUCCGUGCAGUUAGAAUAUUACUUUUGAAUAAAUCUUAUCUUCAGUCAACGCACCGUGAAUAGCUUCGGUUAACGCACACAAUGAGAAACCAAAGUAAACCUAAUAGAAUGUGGUGACGCAAAGUACCAUAAGGAGAAUUUCUUCUACAGAUUAUUCUGAAAAA